UGGGGCCCCCAGGAAAUAGGGGAUCAUGGGGCCCCUGUGUCCUUGCCCAAACUCAAAAAAGCCUAUGAAAAAGGUACCAGGGGCAUCUCAUGGGGCCCCCUACUGACCCUGGGCCCUUGGGCAGUAACCGAGUUUCCAAAUGGUCAGUCUGCCCCUGCUUACAAGACAUCUGAAUAUAUCAAGCCCAAAGAUAUGAGUAUAUCAGUAAUAUCAGAGAGGCAAGACCGCACAAUGCUCACAUCACUGCCGGUCCUCGCUCUCGGACAAUCCUGCGUCACUUCCAGUUCCGUUGUCCGUCACUUCCGGUUGCCGCUUAACCAAUCA